AUGCUUGAGGCCAAAGGCUUAAAUGUCAACUUGGCGCAAGAAGCGCCGACGCGCUGGGAAAAGUUGGGUGAUUUGGUGUUGCUUCCCGCGAACGCGUUUACGGCGAGCGACUUUAGCGCGUUCGGUGCCGAGUUGUACGCCUGUGUGGCGCGAGUUCUCGGCGCAUCGCGCGUUGCGCGCCAAGCGCCGGUGAGCCAAGGGCCAAAGCGCGAAUCUCGCGCGGUGAUGCUUUACCCCGAAGGUGCCGAUGGUUGGGUCGAGACGAAAGAGCUCGGCGUAACGUAUGGAUUAGAUGUCACGAAAGUUAUGUUUAGCAGUGGUAACGGCACGGAGAAAAACCGCAUGGGCGCGGUCGGCGCAAACGGCGAAACCGUCGUGGACCUGUUCGCUGGCAUCGGUUACUACACUUUGCAGUUACUCAAGAACGCGGGCGCGGCCAAGGUGUACGCGUGUGAGUGGAACCCUAAUAGUUGCGAAGCCUUGCGUCAUAAUCUGCGCGUGAACGGCGUGGAGUCACGGUGUGAAGUGUUAGAGGGCGACAAUCGUCGAACCGCGCCGACGGGCGUCGCCGAUCGCGUCUUACUAGGAUUGCUCCCGCACGCUGAGAUGUCGUGGGAAACCGCGAUUAAAGCGCUGAAACCGAAAGGUGGGGUAUUACACGUGCACUCAAACGUUAACAGUGGCGAUGAGGACGAGUGGAUGGUGCGUUUGGUGAGCGAGCUGAAGUCACUGGCCGAGACGAACGGUCGCGGCGAUUUAGACAUCGUCGUGGAACACCUCGAGCGCGUGAAAUGGUACGGUCCGCGCAUUCGACACGUCGUGUGUGACGUUCGC